GACUGUGUCUUGUUCUUUUACGUUUAUAAAAGAACACCUCCUCUCUUGGGCUCUGGCCCCUUACACUGUAAGAGUAACUGUUAGUAAGGAAUACCCCACGGAGGGGGCCUUCCAGCAAACUCUGUGGUUCACGUGAGCUUUUAUUACUUUUUUCAUAGGCUUUUUGUGCCACAGUCAAAAGCAGAAAGAGGACAUUUCUGCAAAAGGUCAAGGUUUACAUUUGAGUUUUUUCACAAUCAUUUAUUUAUACAUUUAAGUUUUUUUUUUUUCCCUGGAGAGAUGUCAUCGGAAAAUCCCAAUAAGGUGGUGACCUUCUUGGCCCCUCCAGCUCCAAAGAAUGUGAACGGCUCCGGUUCGGACUCACUGGUGGGUGAGAAGCUAGACACGGAGGUCAGGAAACGACGCCACACCAUGGAUAAAGAUCUGAAGACGGCUGAGCACAGAUUUUUUAGGCGUAGCGUCAUCUGUGACUCCAAUGCCACAGCCCUUGACUUGCCCAGCAAAGCCUGCAUCCUCACCUCGCCUCCGGACUGCGAGCAGUUCAUUGUGCCUGUGGUGCUGGGUUCGGCCCCUGACGUUACCAUUGACACCCAAGUAGGUGUUUCAGGUGUCGUAUUGGAAGAACAUGCAGAGGAUGGAAGAGCUGCUGGGGUUGAAGGGAUUGUGGAGGUACAGAGCCCAUCUGUGCAGGAUGUGGGUGUGAGGCAGAGCGAGGCCCUUGGGAUGGUGGAGAAAGAGCCCAGCGAUGUGGGCAACAAGGAGCAAGAGAGCGGAGUAGCAGACAAACGUGAGGAAGAAGAGGAGGAGAAAGAGGUGGCGAGGGCCCGUGCUGAAGCUGAGCAGAGAGAGGCUGAGAAAAAGGUUCAGGAGGAUGAAGAAGUGGAGACCAAAGCUGUGGGCACCUCACCCGAUGGUCGUUUCCUCAAAUUUGACAUCGAGAUUGGACGUGGCUCGUUCAAAACCGUCUACAAGGGCUUGGACACGGAGACUACGGUGGAAGUAGCGUGGUGCGAACUUCAGGAUCGGAAGCUGUCAAGAUCAGAGCGCCAGCGCUUUAAGGAAGAGGCUGGCAUGUUGAAAGGCCUGCAGCACCCAAACAUUGUGCGUUUUUACGACUCAUGGGAGUUGCCCUCCAAAGGCCGCAAGUGUAUUGUGCUGGUGACGGAGCUCAUGACGUCGGGAACCCUAAAAACGUAUCUGAAGCGCUUCAAGGUGAUGAAGAUAAAGGUGUUGCGGAGCUGGUGCCGGCAAAUCCUGAAGGGCCUGCACUUCCUCCACACCAGGGCUCCUCCCAUCAUUCACCGGGACCUUAAGUGCGACAACAUCUUCAUCACCGGUCCCACCGGCUCCGUUAAGAUUGGUGAUCUAGGCUUGGCCACCCUCAAGCGCUCGUCAUUCGCUAAGAGUGUCAUAGGUACCCCUGAGUUCAUGGCACCUGAGAUGUACGAGGAAAAAUACGACGAGUCGGUGGAUGUGUACGCCUUCGGAAUGUGCAUGCUGGAGAUGGCUACCUCUGAGUACCCGUACUCCGAGUGUCAGAACCCUGCUCAAAUCUAUCGGCGAGUCACCAGCGGAGUUAAACCUGGCAGUUUCGACAAGGUAGCCAUUCCAGAGGUGAAAGAGAUCAUCGAGGGAUGUAUUCGCCAAAACAAAGAUGAAAGAUAUGCCAUCAAGGACCUUCUGAACCAUGCCUUCUUCCAGGAGGAGACUGGGGUGCGGGUGGAGCUGGCUGAAGAGGACGAUGGGGAGAUGAUCGCCAUCAAGCUCUGGUUGCGCAUUGAAGAUGUCAAGAAACUGAAAGGCAAAUACAAAGACAACGAAGCCAUCGAGUUUUCCUUCGACCUCCAUCGGGACGUGCCAGAAGAUGUGGCUCAGGAAAUGGUUGAGUCUGGCUAUGUUUGCGAGGGCGACCACAAAACCAUGGCCAAGGCCAUCAGAGACCGUGUGUCCCUGAUCUGCCGCAAACGAGAGCAAAGACAGCAGGUGCGAGCCGAGCAAGAGAAACGCAAGCAGGAAGAGGAGCAGAAGCAGUUGUCCAGCGAGUCUUUGAAGAACGUGCCCAGCUCUCAAGGUUCUGCACAGAGCCAGUGUGGUUCCCAGCCUCCAACUCCUGGCCUCGUCCAGCCCGAGUGUGAGGAGUCUGAUGUUGACCAUCAGCUUCAUUGCAUGCAAAGGGGAAUGACCUUGGCUGACGGGACGCUUGACAGUGGUCAGGGUUCAUCCGUGUUCUCAGAACCUCACCUCAGCCAGCUCAGCAUGUCGUAUAGUUCUCCUGCCGCGUCGCAACCCCAGCAGGUGCCUGGACAGGCCGCCUACCCUCCCAGCUCUCAAGCUCCCCAACAGCACACCGCAUACCCCCAGCAGCCCAUGCCUCCUCCACCUCUUCCCCGUCGUCGUAGCAUGUCUGUUUGCGUGCCCUGCUUUUCUACCACCUCUGCUCUGUCGUGUCCUCCCAAGCCACCUUCCACCCCUCCACCAAUCGUAUCAGCCCCGCUCUCGCCCCGGCUGGGGAGGCCAGAUGGGGAGACGUUUGCGGGCCGACUGUCCAAAGCACUGGAGAGUGUCCUGCCCAUUCAUUCAGCCCCGCCCCGUCGCCGUGCCAGUCUCCCAGCAAUAUUUGCCAGUCCUCCACAAUCAGCGAGUCAGCCGUACGGUGGAGGAGGCUCAGGUCUGGUCGAGCCCACGCUCUUUUACCCCACCUUCCCGGAACGGCCCGUCUCGUUCUCCCCCCCACCAUCUUGCCCGCCUAAAGCUUUUAACGUGCAGCGCCGCAAGAGCACCUCCAUCCUGGAGGCCCACACUCGUCACUUCCAGCCCGCCUACCAUCGUAGCUACGGCAGCAGCCUGCACCCAUUUUCUGGCAUGGAAGCUCUGGGCCCCGGCGUCGAACCCUCCCUGUUCAUGAUGCCCAGUAUGGCGCCUCAAAGAUUGGCCGAGCCACUGCACCUACAGCCCCCAGCAGAGUCAUUAUACGGAUAUAAGGACGUGAGGGCCGAGCAAGAGGAGGCUGUACGCAGACUCAGCCUCAACCAGGCUGCAUUAAUGGACCAUCUGGAAGCCAUGGCCUAUAGUGGCUACCCUAUGACUGCACAUCAGCUAAGCCACAUCAGCUUCCAUCAGCAAAUGCAGGCUGCCGCUGCUGCUAGCUUGGCCUAUGAGACUCAAUCACAGCCUGGGCCAUCUUACCUACACCCUCAUGUCCAGAGCCACAUACGCUUGACCCACAGCCCCAUCCCGCAACUGCCUCCCAUGAGUGUGUCUAGCUCUGCCUCUGCACCGCAGCAAACCACAGCUGCAGAUCCAGCGUAUCAGCCCCACUAUUUUCCCCAUUCCGCACCACCCGUCUUGGCUCAUACAUCCGAGCCGAGCACUGCCUUUGAAUACCACAUGCACAACCUCCAGGCGGACCCAGCCCUGCUGGCAUCCAGACUCUACCGAGCCCGCCGGGGCUCCAUGGACCUUAACCUCGAGGAACCGACUGGCAACCAGGGCUUGUGUGGACGACUACAGCCUGUCACCGAAGAACUAUACAGCUAUGUGAGCCCAGAGCUGCCCCUUCCCCCGGGCAGCCUGCUUCUCCAUGGACCUAAAGAACUCAGUCCUGAACCUUCAAGUGACUCUAUGACCUCCUCCGAUGCUGGGGAGUUCCACUCGCCUCCGCCUCAUCAGUUGUACCAACCUCAAGACUGUUCCGCUGCUCAAUCCAUCCCACAAACGUCUUACUACAAAACAGAUGGAGGGAGUAACAUCAGCGAAGGACACCCACCCAGUCAGACAACGUUUCUGUUCGUUCCACCUUCUGAAUCGUCCACCGUUCCGUCCUCACACAUCACUGCUCUGCACAGUACUUGGGCCCGUCAACCAUCCCUUCCACCGGACCUCACAUACCACGAGCCAGCCUUGUCCCAUCAGGGCGCUACCUUGGUGCAGGUCCCAAUCCCUCAGUCCGCAAGUGCCAUGUCUCUGGUUUCCUGCAGCACCCCAUUAGCCGCUUCUGCUUCUCAACAGUAUGGAGGUUACUACGUCCAAGCACUCCCUUCGCAGGCUGCUGUUCCGCAACAGGCUUCUCUGGGGCCGACAUCCCAACCAGGAGUCUCGUUACACCAACAGCCUCCCAGCACUGUGGUUCAGAGCAGCUCCCAGAUGCAGGUCCAGCCCAGCCCCCAGCCCACACAGCUUCUCUGCGCGCCAACAAUAGCAGUUGCCCCGUUUCCGCAGCAGCCAGUGCCUGAAGCGCUGACAUGCCCGGCAGCUGUGCCUGCUCCAACUACGUCCCCAUCAGCGCUGCCACCCCAUCUGCCCCAAUUGGUGCCGCCUCUAAUGACACCUGUGCCAACCAUCCAUGUGGCCACAGUCCCUUCCCCCAACGAACAUCCAUGUUUGCCAUCAGACACCCCAGCGCAGACAUCUCAUAGCGUCUCUCAGACUUUGACGACAGAGCUGUCACAACUCCAAACUCCUGCUGUGGAGAGCUGUCAUUCUGAUGUGGCAUCUGGGCAUAGCGAUGGUAAUGAGGGCGUAACGGGUGGCAGGCAUGAGGGUCGUUCUGCCAAAAGACACCAGCGCAGAUCAGUACGCAGCCGUUCACGCCAUGAAAAAACCUCAAAGGCUAAGCUCAACGUUCUUAAUAUAUCCAGAAUGGGCGAUAGAGUUGCGGAGUGUCAAUUAGAAACACACAACAGAAAAAUGGUGACUUUCAAGUUUGAUCUCGACGGCGAUAACCCAGAGGAAAUUGCACAGAUAAUGGUACAAAGUGAAUUCAUUCUAGAGAGCGAGCGCGAGUCCUUCAUUGAGCAGAUUCGAGAGGUCAUAGAAACAGCAGAUGAGAAAGGUGUGGAGAGAGAGCGCAGCCAGACGAUUAGUGAUCACGAGCAGCAUAUGCCCACCACAUCUGCACCUCUUGAACAAGGUGUGCCACCUAGUUCAGCUGCCCAGGUGGUCCACUCUGCAGGCCGAAGGUUUAUCGUGAGUCCAGUGCCUGAAUCCAGACUGAGGGAACAGUUCUUUAGCUCGCCCCAACCCACAAUCGAAGAGCCUUCAUCCUUUGUGUCAGUUGCACUGCCUGCCUUGGGGCUUUCUAUGUCUGCGUCUGCAGUUAGUCUACAGCAGGCGUUCUCUGAAAUGCGCCAAGGCCGUUUUGACCCGGGUCCCAGCACUGCGCCGCCUAUGCUCCAUGUCUCCAUGCCCCCUCUGGUUCCCGCCGCAGCACCCUUGCACUCUAGCGCCACGCCGGUGGUCCCUCCCACAGUGUCUUCUGAAGUAACCUCUUCACCAUCUCUACCCUCUGUCUCCAUAAACCCUCCAGGGUCAUCGUCUCCUCCUCCUACCCUUCCUGCCUCCUCUGUGACCUUCCCUCCAGCCCAUUCGCAACUCCCUCUGCCUCCAAGUCAAGCUGUACCUGCCAUCAUCAGUGUUAUUUCCACUUCUUCCUCUCUGCCAAUGCCAGCUGUGCCUGCCACCACAUCCUUCCCCCAAACCUCAGUCCCCAUGCCCGCACCUGCCUGUACUGCAUCCCCGCUCGCUCACCCCGUGAGUCCUAGGGGAUCGGUUUCUGGUGGUAGUAGUGAACAGCCGCCCAUCCCCUCCACUUCAGCUCAGCUCACACCACCAGUCAUCCCCACCACAGCCAUCCAGACACCGCCGCUCGCACCAUCCACCACCACGGUUAUUCCCACUUCGGCUGCUCAGUCACAAGUGCCCACCCUCCAGCCGGUUACCACCAACAUACCCGUCGUGCAGCCCACACCCAUGCACAGCCAACCUCAAACCUCCACCGUGCCCAAUCAGAGCCAUGCACAUUGUGUAGAAUGUGACAGCGACUCGCAGGGAAAGGGUGUUGAUGACAUUCAGGCUCUAGAUAAAAAGCUGCGCUCGCUCUUCAUGGACCUGGGCUCUGGUCCUCCCUCUGCCCAGUCUGAUGUCACAUCUGACCCCAUGGCGGCCACAAGUGUCCCUGGCACCUCCUCUCCAACUGCCUGCGCCACCCCUACCGGCACCCCUCUCCCUCCCUCUAGUUUACCCCUUAACUCUGGUCAGCCCACAGGCUCUCCCAUGACAUCGAUGGGUAAUGCCUCCACACCGGUCGGCUACAGUCAGACGACUCCAUCCAAAGCGCCAUUAUCAAGAUUACCGGUGAGUGACCUAUUUGUCAAAAAUUCAAAAGAAAACUGUCCCUCAACUUCAUCCAUCACUGGGAUGCCACCUGGAGGACAACCAGUUCCGUUUUCUCUGGAUGAUGAGACAGCAGCUGCACCUGCAGCUGGAGGAUACAAACUGGGACGAUUCCAGGUGUCAGCGGCUCCUGAUGAGAACGCCCCGCAGGCUCCCACCACCUCCCAUGACUCAUCCUCCACAUCUUCUUCCUCCACCACCACCUCCUUUUCAUCAUCCUCCUCCACUCUCUCUAGCCCCGAGAACACGCUGCACCGAACCUCCUCUCACCUUAGGGACACGAAAGCAGAUUUGGUUGACGGCCUCCCUGCUCUCCCCAACCAGAUGACAACCCACCCCCAGCCCACCACCAUUGGCCGUUUUCAGGUGACUUCCAAGACUGACACACAGGUGGGCCGUUUCUCAGUGAGCAGAGAACAGGACGAGGCUCCUGUAGCAAGAUUACAUUCCCCAGAACCCCAGUCGGCACCUCAAGCCCAUCCAGCUGUAGGCAACGGUCCGGCUCAGAGCCCCGGGAGCCUCAACAACUCCGUCAGCUCCUACCUCAGCAGUGACAAUGACUCAGAGUUUGAAGACGAGGACUUUAAGAGAGAAGUCAGCAAGCUGAGGGAGAAGCACAUGAUGGAGAGUCAGGCUCUGUACACCCAGCAGAAGGCAGAGAUUGAUGCCCUUUUUGUUCGCUUGGGCAAAGCACCUCCCACCAUGGUCAACCCUCCCGUUGCGAACCCAGCCGGCCGCAGACGACGUCCCACCAAGAGCAAAAGCAGCAAAUCCAGCCGCAGUAGCUCACAGGGAAGCAAGAGUCCUGUACAGCCAGCAACCAGCACUUUAUCCGCACAGAGCGCUCCCUCUGUGUACCCGCCUCAGCAGGCCUUCCUGGCCCCUGGGGGGAGCAGCCCACUGCUCCAGUCCUUCAAACCCUCCCCUUCUAAUGAGAACCUGUGCUCCGCUUACACCAGUGACGCCACACUCUCUGCGCCCAGUUUGUGUGUCACCUCGCAAGGCUGUGUAAAGUUCAGCUGUGGGUCGGAGAGAGUGACCUUCAAACCAGGUGGCAGGAGGACGCGUUUUCUGAGGAAGAUGGUGAAAAAAGUGUGCCCCUGCAACCAACUCUGUAGGACAAGCAGCACCAACACAGUGGCGGGAACCGUUCAGAAUCAAAACCAGCCGCCCGUCUCUCAGUCCCAGAGCUGCAAGGGCAUGUUCACAGACGAGCUGCACAAAUUGGUGGACAACUGGGCCAGGGACGCUAUGAACCUGUCGCAGGGCAAGAGAGGCUCCAAGCACCAACAACAAGUGGCUCCUCAGGGCCACAGCUACGAAAUGGUUCCUCCUACCAAUAUGGGCCGCAAAUACUCGGCUCCUGGCCAGCUGUGCCCAAGCAUCGCUUCAACUCUGAGCGGCCACCCGCCCAUGCCCAACACUCCCGCUACCUCUCUGGGGGCCCGGAAGGGCUCCUUGUGUCCCACGCCGCAGUAUGGCUACCCCUCUGCACCUUACAGCGCCCAGUGGGCUGGUUCGGUCGCGCACACCCAGGCCGGUCUGCUAGCCACCUCGCAACCCCUGGGACAGUAUCCCCAGGUUCCCACCCCUUUACAGACCUUCCACAUCAGCACUUUGCAAAAGUCAGUCAGCCACCCGGGUGGACCCAACCUGAAGACCACGUAGGGCAGGGCCUAGCCGUGCCAGGCCUAAAUAACUCUCGAGUUGGGGGAAGGAAGGGGGGCAGAUUGGGCAAGCGUUUGUGUGCAUUGCGGAGAUUCUGUCACAAGAGUUGAUAGUUAAGAAAGAAGAUGCCAGAAUCUGCAUGCAUGCUCACAGAUACGCCACGGGGAUGAUGCACAACGAUGCAAGGGAUUAGAGAAGAUGAAAAUAAAACAACAGACACUUGUGUGCAAUGUUACGUGGCCAAAGAAGGUGUGACCAUUUUUAUUGUUAAGGUGUGUAGUGAUGGCAUCCUUCACCACCCAACCCCAAACAUUUGUCAAGGGGUUCGAUUAGAGGUUUGCUGACCUAAAAUGGAAUGAAUGCCACCAGCAUCCAUCCGUAUAUCCUCCUGAUAAAUUCAUACAUCAAACAUGUCAACAAAAACGGAGGUCGGGUGGGUGACGGUGAGCACUGAGCAGCAAAGAGACUAACCUAGUUCCCCUCUUGCCCUAAACCCUCUGCUGCAAUGCCAUGGAACAAUGCAAUAAUUACAAUGGUUAAAAAAAAGCCCAUUUUAAAACACAGGAAGUGACCUUCAUUAGAUAAAAGGACAAAAUCCAUGUACAGAUUUCCUUUGUUUUUAAAUUGGGUAAUGAGGUUUUGAUUUCAUUCAUUUGGUUGUUUGGUUUUUCUUCCCUAUGCCCUUCAAGCCGGCCUUGUGUAGCAGAAUGUUAGGGACAGUACUUUUUUUUGUCACAUGUUCAGAGGCCUUUCAGCUGCCUGUAAUACAAAGCUCCUACAUGCAUCCCAGCAUGCACAUUCACACUCUUACCGUCCUCUUCCGGUUUUCUCGUUGGGCCACACCACAAGGUGACUUGUAAAAUGGUGGAUAAAAUCAGUUGGAUUGGGUUUUGGAUACAGGAUUGGUUACCUUGGAGGCCCGUGAAGCUUUAAAUCUAUGGCUAAUUAUCAGCUUUUUCUAAUCAUGGCAGCAUUAGGGGCCUCUUACGAUAGUUUGAUCAAGACAUUCAAAUAAGAAGUCGUGUUCUGUAUGGACCUGUAUUUACUCAUCAGUUUUUGAUGUUGAAACACUGUGAUUAUUAUAAAUGUUGUUGGACAACAUUAGAUAAAAAGAAAGUAGACAAAAAAAAACAUGAAAUUUUGGAGGGUUUUGGAUAUUAGCGUUCAUGAGAUGUAAGGCUAGCUAUUUCAUCUUAUUGGAGACACUUUAACCCUUUUUUCCCCUUUGUACUUUCUUUAUAUUAUUAGAUAAAUGUGAAUGUAAAUGGAUUCAAUUAACGUACUUGAAGAAAAGAAUCUUUCCCUCUUUCCCUAAGCCCGGUGAGCUUUCUGAAGAUUCUAGUGCCUUGCUUUAUUUUUGUGUUACUUUUUUUGCUUCUGGGUUUGAUAUAUAAGGCAGCGGAGAGUCUCUGGUUGGAUUGUUGGACUUCACAGAGGGUGAUUAUUAAUAUAUUGCAGGAACAAGGUGUUGUUUUGGAUGCCGUUUUGAAUUGGGUACGACUGAAACCAUUUGAUGGCACAGUCCUAGUUGCAAAAAGCUUCAACACAGCUGCACAAACACAAUCCAGCCAUUAUAUCACAUUCAAAGGCUGUGAAAGUGCUUGAGGGUUGAGUUUUAGAUACUUUGAUCAAUCUACCUUAGUAUGCAAGUGGAAGUGUGCCUAUCAUCAGCACAUAGAUGAGUCAUUUAAACUUCUUUUGACAACCACGGUGUCUUUGUUUUCCAGAUGGAUUCUUAAACAGCGUGAACGGUUCUUGUGAAGGUGAGAGAUCAGCUCAGAUAGAAACGCAGGACGAGGAAAGUUAGUACACAUGGGACAGUAUGUUGUAAGUAUUUCAAAACCACCAAUAGCUUAGAUGUUUUUCCAGAACUGCUUAAUUGGUUUUGACGCCAUCCAGUGUCGAAUCCUCUCCAGGUGUGCAUAGGGAGACACGUUUGACUCAUUUAGCAACAGAUGUGACAGCAAGUCUAGAAAAGGACCAGAAAGGUGGGAAAAGACAGUUAGCAACCCUCACCGACACAGCACUGUUAAAAUAUAUUUCUCGCUGGUUUCUCAUCAAUCCGCUUAGUUCUCACCUCACCGUACUGACAACGGCAUUCGGUUUUAUGGCAGAUCAGUAGCUUCUUUCGGAGGAUCGCACUCUCUCUUUUUGUAGCAGUCAGUCAAAUCACUCUUGUAAAUGCUUUGGUUUAUUCAAAAUACUAGACCUGCAGUGUCAAACUACCUUUUAGCACAUUCGACUGUGCAGAUGAAUAGAGAACAGUCCUGAUCCACUAGAAACAAAUGUACAGAUCCUUAGAGCGUUUUAUUUGGGGUACAAAAACAUAGUGGAGAUGUUCUCAUCACCUUAACUACUGAAAGGACUUAGAUUACAACUCGUUACAUACUGCUUAGUGUGCCGUCUGCGUGAAACGUCUAGUACAGGAACUUCACUUUAGGUCAACUGUACAGUUUAGAUUCUCAACUGGCUCUCUAUAUUCAAAAGCUGUUCGUUUUACCUUUAUCUCUUGCUUUGUACACAACGCUUUACCUGUAGACAGCUCGUUUUUACCCACUUUACGUCGCUCGGUUUGUUCAAACUGUGAACGCAUCAAAAGGUCUUUAACAAAGAGGUCCAACCUGCUCAGUGUUCAUACUAAUGAAAUGGUACCUUCUGAGUGCCAUGUCCCUGUUCCAGAUGCAAGUGUUCAUUUGCUCUGGCUAUAAGAAACAGGUCCCCCUGUUUGACUGUAGAGGGUGCUAAUGUAACUGCACUGCAUUCACCUCUGACCUCUGAUGUAAAUGAUACAGCACCUUGGAAAAUGAAAAAAAAAAAAAAAAUUUCUUUGCUUUGAAAUUUUUUUUUUGUGUAGCGUGCUGAUGUACGAACGAGCCAUUCAGUAUCGCUAGACAUUCAGUUUAUGAUGG